ACUUGUUUAUACAGUAAGCAGUCACCUCGUGAAGGUUGCAACGAGCCGCAAGCAUGCAGCGGGUGCUGAGUGCGUGGCGCAAUUCGCGCAGCGUCUCCGCCAAGCAGGGUCAUGAGGAGUUGCAGGAAGUUUUGACGAAGCUGCGCAAGCUCGGCAGGCAAGCCACGCUGGAGGAGUUCAAAGAGUCGCCGCUGGUGGCCAAGCUAAACUCCCCCGUACAGUUUCACGGGUUGGGCAACAUGAUCUACAACAACUCGGACGACAACGAUGAGGAGGUGCAGAAGGCGCUACACGUGUGGAAGAUCGCUAUGGACAAGGGAAGUGAGAAGGCCAAGUUCAGCUACGCAUUGUGCAUGAAGAAGGGCAUCGGUUUCCCGAAGAAGGAUGCGGUGGGUGCUACCAAGUAUUUCAAGGAGUUAGCAGCCACUGGGCAUGGAUGGGGAACUUUUGCAUACGCCGACGCCUUGAGCAGUGGUGAAGGCACACGCAAGAAUGAAAAGAAGGCCUUCGAGUUGUACAAGAAGUGUGCUGAAACAGGCAUCCCACCAGCUUACAUGAACGUUUCCAACAUGUACACAUCAGGAACUGGAACGGAAAAGAACGAACAGGAAGCGUUGAAGUGGCUCAUCAAGGCAGCAGAAGCUGGUGACCCGACUGCUAAAUCCCGGUUGGGUGAGUACUAUUCGCAUGGCAUUGGUGGUGUGCAAAACAAUCAGGCUCGAGCUGUUCAGUAUUACAAGGAGGCGGCCAGUGCUGGCAUUGUUAUGGCGCAGUUCAACCUUGGCUAUCUGUUCCUCACUGGCGACGGAGUGCCGCAGGACCCAUUGCAAGCUGAGGUGCUCUUCCGCAAGGCUGCCGAGAAAGGUUUCGUUAUGGCGAUGGUAAACCUUGCCCAAAUGUAUCGCACUGGGUACGGCAAGGUGCCCAAGGACCUGGAAACGGCGCGCAAGUGGCUAGAGCUGGCCGCUCCGCACGAUCCGAAUGCGAAGGAGCUGCUGAAGGCACUGACGGAGCCAGAAGAUGCUAAGCAGGAAAUCGCCGCCAAAAAUUGAUGCAGCGCUAGGAUUUUGAUUCAAUUAUU